GCUUUCCCAACUGAGCUGAAAAGCCGGGGGCGUGUUGCCGGGGCGCUGGGAAGCGGGCUGGCUCGGCACUGCCGCCUGAAGUCCGCGGGGUGCACCUUCCCGCCCAUGGGCCGUGCUGUCACCGACCCUGCAGGCCCCAGCCGGCCAGAGGGCACCCCAUCCUGUCGUUACAGGGUAAAGGGACCAGAGACCGCUGAGUGGCCCCACCACGACCCCAGCCUUUAGGGGGGCUUUUAGCGCAACCCAGGGCCUGCAAAGGGGAAGUUUCUCCUGCUUACGGGUCUGCAACUAUCCAUAAACAGUUACACCCCAGUGUGCGCUGAGCAUUGGGAGUUACUUGAGUCAGUCCUAAGACUUGUGAGUCGGGUUGUUGGGGAUAUGUGUCUAAUUGAGUGUGUGUGUAGAAACUAACCCAGCACCUAGUGCCAUGCUUGGCAACCAGUAAGCUCUCCCUAAACUUCGUGGUUGAAUGAAUGAGAAGGCAGGUGACUGAGGGAGCAGGGCUAGAGAGGGCAUCUCUGCUUAUCCCACCCCUGCCUCCCCUGGGCUCCUGCAGACAAAAGUAAUUAGGUUGAGCCUUUAAUCACAGCUGGUUUCACAGGCGGGCAGACAAGGAAAAGCGAAGAAAAGCAGAAGUUCUGGGGGGACAGCAUGCUGGCUGGUGCUGGUUCACAGGCAGUGCCUCCCUCCGGGACCCCCUCCAGCCCCUACCACUUCCCCCUCAGUAAUCUGAUGUUUUCUUGUCUCCCUCAGGACACUGGGUUCCCUACAAGCUGCCCCAGGCUUAAUGAUUGUCCAGAAGGUGGCUAUAAAGGGAGCCUGGGAGGCUGGGUGGAGGAGGGAGCCAGAAAAAGCCUAACUCAGCAGAUCUGGGCACCGAGAGAGCCACCGGCAGGAGCUGUGGUCAGAGGCUCCGUGUCCCCACCAGUGGGGCCUGCUCCCUUCCACCAUGGCGGCCCGAGGCUACGGCUUUUACCGCGCUGUGAUCUUCUCGGCCAUGUUUGGAGGCUACAGCCUGUACUACUUCAACCGCAAGACCUUCUCCUUCGUCAUGCCGUCGUUGGUGGAGGAGAUCCCUCUGGACAAGGAUGACUUGGGGCUCAUCACCAGCAGCCAGUCGGCAGCCUAUGCCAUCAGCAAGUUUGUGAGCGGGGUGCUGUCUGACCAGAUGAGUGCUCGCUGGCUCUUCUCUUUGGGGCUGCUUCUGGUUGGCGUGGUCAAUAUAGCGUUUUCCUGGAGCUCCCUGGUACCCGUCUUUGCUGCUCUGUGGUUCCUCAAUGGCCUGGCACAGGGGCUGGGCUGGCCUCCAUGUGGGAAGAUCCUGCGGAAGUGGUUCGAGCCAUCUCAGUUUGGCACUUGGUGGGCCAUUCUGUCCACGAGCAUGAACCUGGCUGGAGCGCUGGGCCCCAUCCUGGCGACCACCCUCGCCCAGAGCUACCACUGGCGCGGCACGCUGGCCCUGUCCGGGGCCCUGGGUGUGGUUGUCUCCUUCCUCUGCCUCCUGCUCAUCCACAACGAGCCUGCCGAUGUUGGACUCCGAAACUUGGACCCCACUCCCGCCAAGGGCAAGAAGGGUUCCUUGAAGGAGGAGAGUACCUUGCAGGAGCUGCUGCUAUCCCCCUACCUGUGGGUGCUCUCCACUGGCUACCUUGUGGUAUUUGGAGUAAAGACUUGCUGUACCGACUGGGGCCAGUUCUUCCUUAUCCAGGAGAAAGGACAUUCAGUCCUCGUGGGUAGCUCCUACAUGAGUGCGCUGGAGGUUGGGGGCCUUGUAGGCAGCAUUGCAGCUGGCUACCUGUCAGACCGGGCCAUGGCAAAGGCAGGGCCGUCCAUCUACGGGAACCCUCGGCAUGGCCUGUUGCUGUUCAUGAUGGCUGGCAUGACCGUGUCCAUGUACCUCUUCCGGGUAACUGUGAGCAGUGACUCCCCCAAGCUCUGGAUCCUGGUGUUGGGAGCUGUGUUUGGUUUCUCUUCUUACGGUCCCAUUGCCUUGUUCGGAGUUAUAGCCAAUGAGAGCGCCCCUCCCAACUUGUGCGGCACCUCCCACGCCAUUGUGGGACUCAUGGCCAAUGUGGGCGGCUUUCUGGCUGGGCUGCCCUUCAGCACCAUUGCCAAGCACUAUAGCUGGAGCACAGCCUUCUGGGUGGCUGAAGUGAUCUGUGCACUCAGCACAGCUGCCUUCUUUCUCCUGCGAAACAUCCGCACCAAGAUGGGCCGAGUGCCCAAGAAGGCUGAGUGAAGAGUACAGGCUCCAGUGCAUCCUCUCCCACCUGUGGCCUUCCCCUGCAAGGGGCUGGGGGGAGAGCGGGGCAGAGAGAAAGAAAGGGGGGCUGCUCCGGUUAGCACCGAACCUUUGAUUUCCUCUUGUGCGCCUUUCCCCUUGCCCAGGUGGCGCUGGAAGUUACCAGUGGCUAAUGAGGUCCCAGCUCCCCAUCCUGUGUUCUAUUUAAAAGGCAACUUUUGUUCCUGGACUCCAUUAGCUCCUAUUUCCUGGCUUCAAACAGGAAACCCCUGCAGUCAGGAAGUCCCCUAAACCCUAUUCUUCCCCUCCUGGGCCCUCCCACGCCAUCCCCAGUAGAGGUGAGACUCCUCCUGCAGCUGCAGGGUACCAGUGACCCAUGAUUGCUGCCCUAAGGCCUCUUAGCACCGAAAACGGUUAUUGCCAAUACCUUCGAUUCCAAGGGGAGAGGAGGCCAUGACGCUCACUAGUACCCUGUGGACGGUGUGGGGUGUGGGCGGGA